GGAGGCCUGGGGAGCUGACAAGGCUCCUUUUACUCUUUUCUGGUUGAAGGAAAAAUUACUUUUUUUUGCUUCAACUUUUUUUUCAAGUUCCUGUAAUCCUCGGGGAUGCUACUGUGCUUGCGUGUGUGGUCCCUGAGCACCGCGGUGAAGAGGCACUAGUGACAUGAAUGUCCUCAAGACAUGUACAGCCUGCACCAUGACAUUGGGAGUCCUCUUCGUGAUGACGUUCGCGCUCUCAGAUGCUGUUUCCAUGAAGACCCAAGCUUAUUUCAAUAGGACUGCAUACCUGCCAUGCCCAUUUACAAAGGCUCAAAAUAGAAGCCUGAGUGAGCUGGUAGUAUUUUGGCAGGACCACAAUAAGUUGGUUCUAUAUGAGCAUUAUAUGGGCAAAGAGAAACUUGAUAAUGUGAAUGUCAAGUACCGGGCCCGCACAAGCUUUGACGAAGACAACUGGGCUCUAGGACUUCACAAUGUUCAGAUCAAGGACAUGGGCACAUAUGAUUGUUUUAUACAAAGAAAAACACCCAAAGGAUCAGUCAUCCUCCAGCAGACAGAUACGGAGCUAUCAGUGAUGGCUAACUUCAGUGAACCUGAAAUAGAAGUUCAGAAUAUAACAAGAAUCUCUGGCAUAAAUUUGACCUGCUCAUCUAAAGAAGGUUAUCCAAAACCUACAAAGAUGUAUAUUUCGAUAACUAAUUCAACUAAUUCAACUAAUGAGCACAGUGGUGACAUGCAGAUAUCACAAGACAAUGUCACAGAACUGUUCAGCGUUUCCAUUAGCCUGUCUAUUCCAUUCCCGGACGGUGUGUACAAUGUGACAGCCUUGUGUGUUCUGGAAACUGAGUCAAUGAAGAUUUCCUCCAGACUUCAUAAUAUAGUUCUUCCAGAGUCCCGAUCUAUUCAAGAGAAAAGGAAAUCCUGGAUUGCAGGUGUCAUCAUCAUUGUUCUGCUUGUCCCUGGAUUUGUGCUGUGCUACCUGGUAAAACUAUGCUGUAGGAAGCAGGAACAGCCUGGCAUCUCUUAGGAAGAAAUCAAAACGGAGAGAGAAGGGAGUGAGAAAUGAAAAAGAAUAAAAGCCUGUAUGUCUGAAAUAAGAAGCCCAGCAUUGCUCACAAUCCAAAAACAUCCCCAGAAGAUGGGAGUACUACAUUAAAGAAUGAAACUCACAAUAGUGUCCAUACUUUAUCCCUUUUACAUGGCAAGUUUUUGAGCAACCUCUUUGAAUUCCCAGAAGAGAAGAGAAUAUAAUUAUUAGGGUAUGUGGUGCUCUGAGACUCCCUGUAGGCAAAACAUUCCCUCUCAUUCCAGCUCUGUUCCCUGGUGCCAGGAGCAGACACUAAUUCUCUGUCUUGCUUUGUUUGACUCAGUUCACACUCAGGUCUAGUGCACUGAAAUGGCUCCUUGCUAGGGAAUAACAGUUUGGAUCAACUUCUCCUCCUUUAGUUCAGAUGCCUCUCUUAACUUUGCAUAGAGUGUUUUUAUACGGAACUCCUUGUGAUAGGAAUACUGGCUUUCAUCUAUGUUGAACAAAAGUGAUAGCCCACUUCCGUCUUGUGCUCUUGGGCCUGAAUAACUACCUCUUCAGUCAGGAUGGGAGUGGUGUAUUUGAUUAUGUUGUUUGAUGUGUCCAUGUUAGUAUAUUAAAAUAGAAAAGAGUGUAUACUGUAGUAGCAUAACUGCUAUUCUCUAGAGAAAGACCCACCACUUAUUAGGAAAACUUGUCACUCUGUCAGGAUCAGUAAAGAACACGAUGACCAAAGUAUAGAUAACAGCACAGAAUUCUCAAUGCUGGGAGAUACAGAAAGACAGCAAUGGAACCAUCCCUGGACCCAGGAGUCACUCCUGUCUGGGAUGAUGCUGAUAUUGGCAGAAUCCACCUAAUCAGCCAGCAAUAAACAAGAAUUUACAGGCAUCACCGAAGAAAGCAAGACGUACUACAUGCCCUGAGUCCUAUUUUUCCUCUUGAGAAAAAUGGAAUGGCAGUGAUGGUCUGGGGACAGCUGUGCAAGGACAAGACAGCUCCAAACAUGGGGAAAUCAAUAGAGUCCAACCAACAAUGCUCAUGGAAGGAUUGAUUGAUUUCCCCAAUCCUUGGACCAGUCAAGAAGCCAGAGAUGGAUGGUACCUCCCAAUGGAUGAAGACUGCAAUGGCCUUGGUGGUCAACGGGUGUUUUGAUAACCCCAUGUUUCAUCCAGCUGGACACAGAGUUCAGGAGAAGAUCAGUUAUUGUGAUAAAAUGUAGGGAGGAAGGCUAGGACUUUUUCAGCUCAUGGCUCGAGUGAAAACAGGAAAAGCAAAAUGCACAGCACUCUGAUACUGCCUUAGUCAGCAGUGGGCAUGGACUGGCCCUUCAAAGAAGGACUAAGAGCAAUUGAUGCUGAAACAGGACAACUAUAUACAAGAGAGAAGUAGCCUCAUAGAAAAGUGGUAGGAUGUGGUGUGUUGAUAAGGCAUGGAAUAGUCACCAUUCAAACUUAAAGAAAACUUUGCGAGGUCUGAGCAGCAAAGAUUGUUCUUUAUAUUUUAUAUGAAGGGCCCUUGAGGGUUGUAGACUUGCGCUUGAAAUGUUUCCAUUCAUACAUCUUGGCCCUGCCUGUGCAGACUCUUAGGGUUUGGCUGGUUAUUAACAUGUUCUGUACAGAGUAGAUUCCAAUAAAGUUUUCUUGCAUUUA